CGACAAGAUGGGCUCAUCGAGACAUUUGUUAAGGCGGUCGGGCUCCGAGAAGUGGGGACCCUAGCGAUUGCGGCCGUGGCCCCACGGACCAGCUCCCUGCCGCCCGCUCUGAACAAAGGUCAAAUUCUCCCCCUCCUGCACUCCAGCUCGUUCCUUCCUCCCUCCUCUUUCUUCCCUCUUUACCCAUCCCCGCCAUCUUCCACAAUCCUCAUUCUCUUAUUCUGAGCUUGAGGCAGGCCCAGGAAGAGGUCCUUUUUCAUUCUGCUACUCCGUAUCAUAUCAUCGAUACCCAGAAGACCAACCCCCCACAUCAAGAUGGUUCAGUCAUCGGUCCUGGGUUUCCCUCGCAUGGGUGUCCUUCGGGACCUCAAGAAGGCGAAUGAGGCUUACUGGGCCGACAAGAUCUCCCAGGAGGAUCUCCUCGCUGAGGGCAAGAGGCUCCGUCUCGCCCACUGGAAGAUCCAGAAGGAUGCUGGCGUCGACAUCAUCCCCUCCAAUGACUUUGCCUUCUACGACCAUGUCCUCGACCACAUCCAGCUCUUCAACGCUGUCCCCGAACGCUACACUAAGCAGAAGCUGUCCCCGCUCGAUGAGUACUUUGCCAUGGGCCGUGGCCACCAGAAGGGUGACGUUGACGUCCCCGCUCUCGAGAUGGUCAAGUGGUUCGACUCGAACUAUCACUAUGUCAAGCCCACUCUCCAGGACAACCAGACCUUCUCCCUUGCCAAGGACCCCAAGCCCGUUCGGGAGUUCCUCGAGGCCAAGGAGGCUGGCUUCCAGACGCGCCCCGUGCUCGUGGGCCCCGUCUCUUUCCUCGCUCUCGGCAAGGCGGACCGCGGCUCCUCCGUCGACCCCAUUACGCUCAUUGACAAGCUCGUGCCUGUCUACAUCGAGCUCUUGAAGGCUCUCAAGGCUGCUGGUGCCGAGAGCGUCCAAAUUGAUGAGCCUGUUCUCGUCUUUGAUCUCCGGCCCGAGGUCAAGAAGGCUUUCAAGCCCGCUUAUGAGGCCUUCGCCGCGGAGGGCAGCGCUAUUCCUUCGAUCGUUGUGGCCACCUACUUUGGUGACAUCGUCCACAACUUCGACAUUUUCCCUGCCUUUGCCAAGGUCCAUGGUAUCCACGUCGACCUUGUGCGCAACCCCGAGCAGCUCGAGCCUGUUAUCAAGCAGCUCGGCCCCAACCAGAUUCUUUCUGCCGGUGUCGUUGACGGCCGGAACAUCUGGAAGAACGACUUCAAGAAGUCCAUUGACAUUCUCCAGACCGCCAUCAAGGCCCUCGGCCCCGAGCGUGUCAUUGUUGCCACAUCGAGCUCCCUUCUGCACACUCCCCACACUCUCGCUAGCGAGAAGAAGCUUCCCGCUGAUGUCUACGAGUGGUUUUCUUUCGCCACCGAGAAGGUCAGGGAGGUUGCUAUUCUGGCCAAGGCCGUGACCGACCCUGAGUCCGUUCGUGCUGAGCUCGAUGCCAACGCUGCUGCUUUGAAGUCGCGUACCGACUCGACCCGCACCAACGACCCCAAGGUCAAGGAGCGCCAGGAACAGGUUACCGAGGAGAUGCACAAGCGCAAGUCUCCUUUCGACGUCCGCUACGCUCAGCAGAAGAAGCACCUCAGCCUUCCCCUCUUCCCUACUACCACGAUUGGUUCUUUCCCCCAGACCAGCGAGAUCCGUGUCCAACGGAACAAGUUCACCAAGGGAGAGAUCAGCGAGCAAGAGUAUGAUGACUUCAUCAAGAGGGAGAUCGACCUCGCCAUUCAGAUCCAGGACGAGCUCGGCCUCGAUGUCUACGUUCACGGUGAGCCUGAACGUAACGACAUGGUUCAGUACUUCGGUGAGCGCCUUCAGGGCUAUGUCUUCACCACCCACGGUUGGGUCCAGUCCUACGGCUCUCGCUGCGUCCGUCCUCCCAUCAUUGUUGGUGACAUCUCCCGUCCUGGUCCCAUGACCGUCAAGGAGAGCAAGUAUGCCGCCUCCGUCUCCAAGAAGCCCAUGAAGGGCAUGCUUACCGGCCCGGUUACCUGCCUGCGGUGGUCCUUCCCUCGUGUCGACGUCCAUCAAUCUGUCCAGUGCCAGCAGCUCGCUCUGGCUCUGCGUGACGAGGUCAUCGACCUUGAGAAGAACGGCAUCUUCGUCAUCCAGGUCGACGAGCCUGCUCUCCGUGAGGGUCUCCCUCUUCGGAAGGGUGCUGAGCGUGACGCCUACCUGAAAUGGGCGGUCAACAGCUUCAAGCUGGCCACUGCCGGCGUUGAGGACUCGACUCAGAUCCACUCCCACUUCUGCUACUCGGAGUUCCAGGACUUCUUCCACGCCAUCGCCGCGCUAGAUGCCGAUGUCCUCUCCAUCGAGAACUCCAAGUCGGACGCCAAGCUUCUCAAGGUCUUCAUUGAUGAAGCCUAUCCCCGCCACAUCGGCCCUGGCGUUUACGACAUCCACAGCCCUCGUGUUCCGCCCGAGGCUGAGUUCAAGCAGCGCAUCCAGGAGAUGCUCCAGUACCUCCGUCCUGAGCAGCUCUGGAUCAACCCCGACUGCGGUCUAAAGACUCGCAAGUGGGAUGAGGUCAAGGGUGCCCUCACCCACAUGGUCAACGCUGCCGAAUACUUCCGUGAGCAGUACACCAAGGCCUAAACGCCUUGACAAAGCUCACCAGGCAUCAUCCAUUGAUGGUGUCCUAUGCUUUUCCGGAUUUUUUUCAACAUCAUUCAGCAUUUUUGGGGGUCUUCUAGCGGUGUUAUAAAAUGGGUGACGAUAGAUGAUACCCCAAUCGAGCCAUUCUCAACUCGGCGUUCGUGGGCAAGAGGAAAAUCCGGAUGGAUUCAACAGCAUUUAGCAUAAUCGGGAG